AUGCGACAAUUUGCAAUUCAAGUGGUGAUAGCACUAUAUAUGCUCUGCCUUAUCACUGGUCAAGCAAUAGUUGAUGGACAAGCUAUUGGUUGUGGAUGUUGCCCAUCAUCACACUGUCAAACAAAACCAAAUCCAUGUUCAUCGAAUUCGGACUGCGAAUGUUUAUGGAUGACAAUGACUGGAGGAGGAAUGUGUGCUGAUACAGUUAUAUCAUGUAAAGAUUUACUUCCAUGUGGAAAUGAUAAUAAAACAUGUUCGGCACCUAAUAGUGCAUGUGUUAAUAAUACUCGAUGCAAUAUUCCUGUUUGUUAUCCAAUAGAACGUGCUUCUUCUCAACGAUGUCCACCAUUUAUUUCUACAAAUUUACCAGAUUCUACAACUUUACCAGGUUCUACAACUUUACCAGGUUCUACAACUUUACCAGGUUCUAUAACUUUGCCAGGUUCUACAAAUUUACCAGAUAAUCUACGUAAGUUUUCUUCUUAA